AUGACCCCGAGACAACACAAGCUGCACGAGCAAAAUGCACACGCCAGGUUUGAGGAUGAGAUUGCAGAGGACAAGAUCGAGCAGCAGGAAGUGGAGGUGAAGGACCACUCUGAACCAAAGACUUCCUCUACCCACGAUCAUCACAGUGCUCCCGACGAGGAACCUCUCCAAGAUCCGGCACCCGCAACGGACGGGGCAGCUGAUGUGAAAGACCCAGAAGAUUUCAAUCAAGGAAACGCCGUAGAAGCGGGAUCACUGGCACAACCAGAACCCGUUGCCCUUCCUCGAAAGAAGCUUCGGCCUACAGGGUUAUCUAUGCCGCCUUCCCCAGAUCCUCGCUCCUUCAGUAGACACUGGGACGGGACUCACAGCGGUGGGCCGACGGAUGUACCCUCAGGCUCAAUGCCUCCUUCAGCCGCUAAGAGUACAAAGGCAAGGUUUUCUAACAACGAUCCCGCUAUGCCACAUCUACAUAACCUCAACUCCCCAUACUACGUCGAGCUCGAACGGACCGAUGACUAUCUCGGUCACCAUGCGGUCCCUGAAUCAAGAAGCGAUCAGUCGAGGGAUCCAGCCCAAGGCGUGGCGAGAUCCGACACGGCUGUCACACUCCCUGGCACCCCCACCUAUCUGGAAAAGACACCCUCGAGGAGUAUCAACGAAAGCUUGCCUUCCCCUAAACUUGCCCGCUACACAACCAAUCUCAAGCAUUCGCCUCCCAAAUCUUAUAUUGAAACCCUUCGACCGUGGAAUGGAAGGCUGUCCAAAGCAAACUGGUUUCUCGUUGCUCUUCGGCCUUUCAUCUUGUUUGCUUAUCCGAGCGUCCUAUGGUCGACCCUUGUAUACUCCUUGUCGAUUGGCUGGCUUAUUGUGCUGUCUGAGGCGAUAUCUAACAUCUACCGCAGCCGAGAUACGUACAACUUUACCGCUCUCCAAGCUGGAUUGGUCUAUAUUUCGCCGUUUGUGGGCGGCAUUCUCGGCACGGCAGUCGCGGGACGGGUCUCCGAUGUCAUCGUUCGUUUCAUGGCUCGCAAGAAUGGUGGCGUCUACGAGCCCGAAUUUCGUCUGGUUAUGGCAAUCCCGGUAGCCAUCAGCACUGCUGUCGGUCUCAUGGGCUUUGGGUGGUCUGCCCAAGAGCGAGAUGCAUGGAUUGUUCCCACCAUCUUCUUCGGGGUCGUGUCCUUCGGCUGCUCCUUGGGAAGUACCACGUCCAUCACCUUUUGUGUUGACAGCUACCGGCAAUAUGCCGGUGAAGCCCUCGUGACCUUGAACUUCAGCAAGAACAUCUUUCACGGACUUGUGUUUAGUCUAUUCUUUGCGAACUGGCUGGAGGAGGACGGGCCCAAGACGACCUUUUUGGCGAUUGGAGGUAUCCAGCUUGCUUGUAUGGUUACGGCCAUUCCCAUGUACAUUUAUGGGAAGCGGGCCCGGAUGUGGACUGUCAGAAGAGCGUUCAUGGAAAACUUUUGA